AUGGAGCUGAUAAGUUUUGUGAUGUCAGUGAUGUGUGCCAUAUUAGUGCUAUCAGUUAUGUGGUUGCUUUAUAUAAGCCGAUCUCCAAAAGAAAUGGAAGGCAUACCAGGCAGCCUCGGUUGGCCUAUUGUGGGUGAGAGCUCCUCUUUUAUAUCUGACUUCUCUAGUCCAUCUGGUAUUUUCAACUUCAUGAACACCAGACAGCAGAGAUUCGGGAAGGUGUUCAAGAGCUUUGUGCUUGGGAGGUUCACUGUGUUCAUGACUGGGAGAGAAGCAAGCAAGAUAUUGCUAACUGGGAAGGAUGGCAUUGUGAGCUUGAACUUGUUCUACACAGGACAGCAAGUUCUGGGCCCCACCAGCUUGCUUCAAACCACAGGAGAGGCCCAUAAAAGGCUUAGGAGGCUGAUUGCUGAACCCCUAUCAGUGGAUGGUCUGAAAAAGUAUUUUCAUUUCAUCAAUACUCAGGCAAUGGAAACAUUAGAUCACUGGUCUGGAAGAAAAGUUAUGGUUCUUGAAGAGGCCUCUACAUUUACCCUGAAAGUGAUUGGGCACAUGAUCAUGAGCUUAGAGCCUACCGGGGAAGAGCAAGAAAAAUUCCGUGCCAAUUUCAAGCUAAUUUCUUCAUCAUUUGCAUCUUUGCCUUUCAAGAUUCCAGGAACAGCUUUUCAUCGUGGUAUCAAGGCCCGAGAUAGGAUGUAUGCCAUGUUAGAUUCCACAAUUUCCAGAAGGAGAAGUGGUGAAGAGUUUCAACAGGAUUUCCUAGAGUCCCUGAUUAUGAAACACACCAAAGUAGCAGAUGAAGAAGCAAGUGAAAAUAAACUUACAGAUAAGCAAUUGAAGGACAAUAUAUUAACUUUGCUGGUUGCAGGCCAUGACACUACGACUGCUGCUCUCACUUGGCUUAUCAAAUUUCUUGAAGAAAAUCCUGCAGUUUUGGAACAACUGAGAGAGGAACACAUGCAAAUUAUAGCAAACAGAAAGGAUGGCACAGAUCUUACAUGGUCUGAAGUGAAUAACAUGCCUUACACAGCCAAAGUGAUUAGUGAAACACUGCGAAGGGCUACAAUACUACCUUGGUUCUCUAGAAAAGCUUCCCAGGAUUUCGAAAUUGAUGGCUAUAAAAUUAAGAAAGGUUGGUCGAUCAACCUAGAUGUUGUUUCCAUACACCAUGACCCAGAAGUCUUCCCAGAUCCUCAAAAGUUUGAUCCUUCAAGAUUUGAUGCAACAUUAAGGCCUUUCAGUUUUCUUGGAUUUGGCAGUGGACCACGCAUGUGCCCCGGAAUGAACCUGGCUAAGAUUGAAAUUUGUGUUUUCAUUCAUCACCUGGUCAUCAGAUACAAGUGGAAGCCUCUGGAGAAAGAUAAUUCUGUGCAGCCAACUCUUGUAAGGAUGCCCAAGAACAAAUAUCCUAUUAUGGUGGCGCCACUGUGAAAGUGCCUAAGGAUGCACACAAGCAAUAAUUGCAUGUUUUGCAGUGUGUUAGCCAAUAUAAAUAUGGACG